AUGAAGCUGCCACUUAAGAUCUUUAUCAUCAACAAUAUGUACUUGGGGAUGGUGCGUCAGUGGCAGGAAUUGUUCCACGGCAAACGCUAUUCCGCUGUUGAUUACCACGACAACCCCGAUUUUGCCUUGCUUGCACAGGCAUUCGGUGCCACAGGUUUGCGAGUCGAACACCCCGAUGAUGUUGAACCCGCAUUGCAAAAGGCAAAAGGGAUUACCGACGGUCCCGUCGUCAUUGACUUCAUUGUUGAUGAAGAGGAAAACGUGUUCCCAAUGGUACCAGCCGGUAAAGGGCUCGGAGAUGUUAUCCGCGGGUUAUCCUAA